GGAUCAUAGGAUUAAGAAUGAAUGAAUGACUUACAGAGAAAUUUAUGGUAAUAUGAAUAUCUAUGGUGAAAGGAUAAUAAUGUCUCGCCUUUGAUGGUUUUAUUACUUAGACUAUUUACAAUAAUGAGAGUAUUUGUACUAAGGUAUCGGGGCGGAGGGUCUACUACAGGAUACAUAUUACCGGUUUUCGAGUAUCUUCUUCGAUCCUAUCAGCUAAUAGGUAGUAUGUAUUCAAAUCUUAAAAGGACUUCUGAGGCAUCUUAUUGGAUUUUCUCAUUAACUAUGUUUAGGGUUCCUAAAGAUGGGACUAGCUUUGGGUUGUCUUCAAGUGGAACAGUCAACAAUUGCUAUCAGAGAAGUUUUCGGCAAAUAUGAAGAUGUGCUUGAACCGGGUUGCCACUGCGUGCCGUGGUGCAUGGGUAGACAAAUAGCUGGUUACCUUUCUUUGCGUGUACAGCAGCUAGAUGUUCGCUGUGAAACCAAGACAAAGGAUAAUGUUUUUGUGACAGUGGUUGCAUCUGUCCAAUAUCGAGCACUGGCGGAAAAGGCAGUGGAUGCUUUUUACAGACUUACCAAUACCAGAGAACAGAUCCAAGCUUAUGUCUUUGAUGUUAUCCGGGCAACAGUUCCAAAAAUGGGAUUAGAUUCUUCUUUUGAACAGAAGAAUGAAAUUGCAAAAGCUGUUGAGGAAGAACUUGAAAAGGCAAUGUCUGCUUAUGGAUAUGAGAUAGUUCAGACUCUCAUUGUGGAUAUUGAACCAGAUGAGCAUGUGAAGAAAGCCAUGAAUGAGAUAAAUGCUGCUGCAAGAUUUAGGGCGGCUGCAACUGAGAAAGCUGAAGCAGAGAAGGUUCUGCACAUCAAAAGAGCAGAAGGAGAUGCAGAAUCGAAGUAUCUAGCAGGGCUUGGAAUAGCUCGUCAGCGUCAAGCCAUAGUGGAUGGGCUGAGGGACAGUGUUCUAGCAUUUGCAGAGAAUGUCCCUGGGACAUCAUCAAAGGAUGUCAUGGACAUGGUUCUUGUGACCCAAUACUUCGACACAUUGAAGGAGAUCGGUGCAUCGUCAAAAUCCAAUUCUGUUUUUGUUCCACAUGGACCAGGUGCGGUAAAAGACAUCGCUUCACAAGUCAGAGAUGGUCUUCUACAAGGGAAUGGGGCUGGGCUUUGAAAUCUAUAAUAUUGCAUCAUUAAAACCUUGGAAAUUUAUAUUCUAAACGUCCUAAAGUAUCGAUUUUGCCUAUUACUUUAAAGUUUUAACUAGUUUGGGAUGCUUAAAUGUCCUUCCAUUCACAAUGUCUUUAUCUGUUCCUGUUGUUUUCAUUCUUGAGUUGUGAAUAGACAAAUAUAGCACAUUUUUUUUCUUCAGAAAUCGUAAUAAUGGUUUGCAUAAGUGCUUCA